AUGUCUGAGUGGUCUCAGACUACCUCUGCCCCCAGUCAACAUAUAUUACAUGAAGCUAGGAAUACUACGAUAGGGCAGGCGGUGUUCAAUAAUGUUGGCCGCGACCUUAUCCAUUACAACUAUGCUUCCAAUCCACUCUGGGAUGCGAUUGCAGACGUUGGAGCUUCUCAUAAUUCGGAGAUACAGGUUGAGAGGGGCCGUUGUCUGCCCGGAACUCGUGAAGCAGUACUGGAACUUAUCCGUGUGUGGAAGGCUUCGGAAUGCCAGCAGUUGCCAGUGUGCUGGCUUUCUGGCGCCGCCGGUGUAGGAAAGUCGGCAAUCGCUUUGACUAUCGCCGAAGAAUGGGAGAAGGAUGGACUCGUGGUGUCGUUCUUCUUUUUCAGAUCAGACCCGAAACGAAACAACCCCUCCUCUCUCGUUCUGUCGAUUGCACAUGGGCUUAUAACGACAAGACCGCACUUGGCCCCUCUUGUCAAUUGGAGGAUUGCUGCUGACCCCAGGGUUCUCAAGGCUAGGCUGGAAGACCAAUACAAUGAACUCGUUUUAGAGCAUCUUUCCCUUCCCUCUUCCCGAAAGAGCCCCGAACUAGUCAUAAUCGAUGGCCUCGAUGAAUGCAGCAAUGGUGAUGUGCAGCGCCGUGUUCUUUCAAUCAUAUUUUCCACAUAUCAACAACCAUUUCGGUCCCCUUUGCGUUUUCUGAUAUGCAGUCGUCCCGAAUCAUGGAUCCGAGAAGUAUUUGAUUCUCACAUACCCCGGAGUCUCACCAGGCACAUUAAAUUGGAUGACUCGUUCCAACCACAAUACGAUAUCAAACUCUACCUUAGUCGACAAUUCCUGGAAAUUCGCGGAGACCCCAAAUAUAAAGACGUUGGAUUUCCGAAUCCUUGGCCGUCUACUAAAGAUGUUGAUUUGCUGAUUGAAAAAGCUGAUGGCCAGUUCAUCUAUGCAUCAAUUGUCGCCAUGUUUGUCAAGGCCGAGUAUGCACAUCCUAUCACACAACUUAAUAUCAUCCUCAGUAAUAUAUCCACCGAUUCUUCCGAUCCAUCGACACAUUCUCCGUUCCACGAUCUUGACGAACUGUAUCGCAUAGUAUUGCGUGCUAAUCCUGACCGCGAUAAACUCCUUCUCCCCAUCCUUGCGGUAAUCCUCCUCUCAAAGGAAAAUAUUUCGUCCUCACCCGCAUUCAUUGAACUACUGCUUGGACUUCCUACCGGCAUGGUGCCUUUGACGUUGCGUGGAAUGCAUUCGGUACUCGACGUCCGUGGACGUGACGAUAACAUCCGCAUUUACCACACAUCUUUCACCGAUUUCCUCCUUGAUCGAACGCGGUCAAAAGAGUUCUUCGUCGAUAAAAAGCAUCAAUUCUGUUCUCUUGCUCAGCGAUGGCUUCGCAUUCUCCAGACACCUAGUGAUAUUCCAGAAUGGGCAAGGAAGGACUUGUGGUGGCAUUGGGGUCAGAUGUGUUCCCUUGUCGAGACUCCUACACAGGAAUUAUUAUCGCAACUUAAUAAGCUGCAUCAUCUGGGUACCUUGAUUGCUGAGACGGCCCCAGAUUUGACUGGCUCCAGGUUGCGUCCUCUAUUCUUUAACUUCGGAACUAUCUUCUCCUGGCUAGAUUCUAGAGUCAAUGGUGUAGUUUCCCCACACGUUCUUCAUCGCUUCGAGACUGUGUUAAGAGGGUUCGACAUUCCGAGAAGCAUGCUCACAAUGGGAGCCGAGACAACUGCGACGCAAACUAACACCGCCGAAAUCGCUACAUGGAUACUUGGGCCACCCUUUACGACAGAUCACAGGACAAAAAUAAUGAAACCGUCACGGCGAUCCAGGCUGCCUUUCCAAAAAUCCGAUUCCGAAGGACCUCCUCAAUAUUUAUCUGCCGAUCUCUCUCUUACGAGCAAGGAAGAAAGGCUAAACGUAGCCACCGCAUUGGAUUUGCGUUCAGCUAAGUUUUGUCAAUGCUUCAGGUCUCAAAUUCAAACCGACUCCGUCAUGGGAACUCAGUGGUACCAUGUCGAUCUCCAACCCGAGUAUUUGAAUCUAGUGGCAACUCUCUUUGAAAAUCGAGGGGGGGCGGAUGCCAUAGAGGACAAGCUUCUGGUGUUGUUGGAAACACCGCUUUUGAGACUAUGCGGUCCCCAGAAUAGCCUUGUUUCCUCUCUUCGAGAGGUUAUGAUAGACGAUAAGAAGUGGGGACGGACCAAGUGGGUAGAUCCGCCGUUGAGCCUCAAGCCCCCCAACUCAAAAACUCGCCGAGAAAAACUACUAUCAUGGCUCGAGUUAUUCCCUUCCGAAAGUGAAUGUGAACGCGACAUCGCUCAGAUCAAAGAAGAUAUCCGUUUCAGUAAUAUAAAAUACAGGUUCGAUUAUUGA